UCCUUGCGGACUAGAGCUAGGGGCAGGGAUGAGCCUGUCCCUCUGGACCGUCCCCUGCUCCCCCGGCUGCCCAGUAGCGUUGCGCGUGGAAAAGCCACUCUCCCCGCCCGCCGAGAUGGGCUCGAGUGCGGGCUGCAGAGGACGCGUCCUCGGGCGGCGGCAGCAGCAGCAGCAGCAGCCACAGCCGCAGCGCCGCGGUCUCUGCGAUUGAGCUGGUAUUUGGGCGGCUGGUGGCGGCGGGGACGGUUGGAGGGUGGGAGGAGGCAGAGGAGGAGGAGGAGAAGGAGGAGGAGGGAGAACCCCGUGCAACGUUGGGACUUGGCAGCCCGCCUCCCCCUGCCCAAGGAUAUUUAAUUUGCCUCGGGAAUCGCUACUUCCAGAGGGGAACCCGGGAGGGAAGGCGCGCGCUCCUGGAGGGCCAAGCGGGGACUCCUCGGCCGUCGCUGCUUCCCUGCACCGGACUCCACCGGGGUCGGCAAGGGAUGCACCGCAGCUUCUUCCCGACUGCAGGGACUCGGGGGAGACUUAGUCCUCGGAAGAUUGCGGCUGCGCUCACCCUAGACACGCUGCCUUCCCCUUGGGGCAUGAAACGCCCUUAAACUCGGAUCGGGCUGUCUUCCUUGGCUCAGCUACCUCGUCCUUCGGCUGCCCCUUCCCCAGCGCCGAGAGCAGCGUGGAUUUCGGAGUCAGGGUUUCUGCUUCCCUCAGCCCGGAGUGCAUGUGCGGGGCCGCCUCGAGGAGCCUCCCCCCACCCAGUUUGUCGGCACCUCCCUCUGCUCCGCGGCAGCAUGGCGAGCCCUCCAGAUACCGAUGGCUUUUCAGACGUGCGCAAGGUGGGCUACCUGCGCAAACCCAAGAGUAUGCACAAGCGCUUUUUCGUGCUGCGGGCGGCCAGCGAGGCCGGGGGCCCGGCGCGCCUGGAGUACUACGAGAACGAGAAGAAGUGGCGGCACAGGUCGAGCGCCCCCAAACGCUCCAUCCCCCUGGAGAGCUGUUUCAACAUCAACAAGCGGGCUGACUCCAAGAACAAGCACCUGGUGGCUCUCUACACCCGAGACGAGCACUUUGCCAUUGCGGCCGAGAGCGAGGCCGAGCAAGACAGCUGGUACCAGGCUCUUCUGCAGCUGCACAAUCGAGCAAAGGCCCACCAUGACGGGGCUGGAGGUGGAGGCUGUGGCGGCAGCUGCAGCGGCAGCUCGGGCGUUGGAGAGGCCGGGGAGGACUUGAGCUAUGACACGGGCCCAGGACCCGCGUUCAAGGAGGUCUGGCAGGUUAUCCUGAAACCCAAGGGCCUAGGCCAGACAAAGAACCUGAUUGGCAUCUACCGCCUCUGCCUGACCAGCAAGACCAUCAGCUUUGUGAAGCUCAACUCGGAGGCAGCGGCCGUGGUGCUGCAGCUGAUGAACAUCCGACGGUGCGGUCACUCAGAGAACUUCUUCUUCAUCGAGGUGGGUCGUUCCGCCGUGACAGGGCCCGGCGAGUUCUGGAUGCAGGUGGAUGACUCCGUGGUGGCCCAGAACAUGCACGAGACCAUUCUGGAGGCCAUGCGGGCCAUGAGCGACGAGUUUCGCCCGCGCAGCAAAAGCCAGUCUUCGUCCAGUUGCUCCAACCCCAUCAGCGUUCCCCUGCGCAGGCACCAUCUCAACAACCCCCCGCCCAGCCAGGUGGGGCUGACUCGCCGGUCUCGCACGGAGAGCAUCACUGCCACCUCCCCUGCCAGUAUGGUGGGGGGGAAGCCAGGCUCCUUCCGGGUGCGCGCCUCCAGCGACGGCGAGGGCACCAUGUCCCGGCCGGCCUCGGUGGACGGCAGUCCCGUAAGCCCUAGCACCAACAGGACCCACGCCCUCCGCCACCGAGGCAGCUCCAGGCUGCACCCUCCGCUCAACCACAGCCGCUCCAUUCCCAUGCCUUCUUCUCGCUGCUCACCCUCAGCCACCAGCCCAGUGAGUCUGUCUUCCAGCAGUACCAGCGGCCACGGCUCCACCUCGGACUGCCUCUUCCCGAGGCGCUCCAGUGCUUCCGUGUCUGGCUCUCCUAGCGAUGGCGGCUUCAUCUCUUCCGAUGAGUACGGUUCUAGUCCCUGUGAUUUCCGAAGUUCCUUCCGCAGUGUCACCCCGGAUUCCCUGGGCCACACCCCACCAGCCAGGGGCGAGGAGGAGCUGAGUAAUUAUAUCUGCAUGGGCGGCAAGGGAGCCUCCACCUUGGCUGCUCCCAACGGCCACUACAUUUUGUCCAGGGGUGGCAACGGCCAUCGCUACCUCCCAGGUGCUAACCUGGGGAUAAGCCCGGCGCUGGCUGGAGAGGAAGCCGCCGGUGCAGCAGAUCUGGAGAACCGGUUUCGGAAGAGAACUCACUCCGCGGGCACGUCCCCUACCAUCACCCAUCAGAAGACUCCCUCCCAGUCUUCAGUGGCUUCCAUUGAGGAGUACACAGAGAUGAUGCCCGUGGCCUACCCACCAGGAGGUGGCAGCGGAGGCCGGCUGCCCGGCUACCGGCAUUCCGCCUUCGUGCCCACCCACUCCUAUCCUGAAGAGGGUCUAGAGAUGCACCCCUUGGAGCGUCGUGGGGGCCACCACCGACUGGACACCUCCGCCCUCCACACUGACGAUGGCUACAUGCCCAUGUCCCCAGGCGUGGCGCCAGUGCCCAGCAACCGUAAAGGGAAUGGAGACUAUAUGCCCAUGAGCCCCAAGAGUGUCUCCGCCCCGCAGCAGAUCAUCAACCCCAUCAGACGCCACCCUCAGAGGGUGGACCCCAAUGGCUACAUGAUGAUGUCUCCCAGCGGAAGUUGCUCCCCUGACGUUGGCGGUGGCUCCAGCAGCAGCGGCAGCAUCAGCGCAGCCCCUUCCGGGAGCAGCUAUGGGAAGCCAUGGACAAACGGGGUAGGGGGCCACCAUCCCCAUGCCCUGCCUCACGCCAAACCCCCUGUUGAGAGCGGUGGUGGCAAGCUCUUGCCUUGCACGGGCGACUACAUGAACAUGUCACCUGUGGGAGACUCCAACACCAGCAGCCCCUCGGAAGGCUACUACGGCCCGGAAGAUCCCCAGCACAAGCCAGUCCUCUCCUAUUACUCGUUGCCAAGGUCCUUUAAGCACACCCAGCACCCCGGAGAGCCAGAGGAGGGUGGCAGGCACCACCAUCUUCGCCUCUCUUCUAGCUCCGGACGCCUUCUCUACACUGCCACCGCGGAGGAUUCCUCCUCUUCUACCAGCAGCGACAGCCUGGGUGGGGGUUACUGUGGGGCUCGGCCAGAGCCCGGCCUCCCGCAUCCCCACCACCACGUUCUGGGGCUGCCCCGAAAGGUAGACACGGCUGCCCAGACCAACAGCCGCCUGGCUCGGCCCACAAGGCUUUCCUUGGGGGAUCCCAAAGCAAGCACCUUACCAAGGGUCCGAGAGCAGCAGCAGCAGCCUUCCCUGCACCCUCCUGAGCCCAAGAGCCCGGGAGAGUAUGUGAAUAUUGAAUUCGGGAGUGGCCAGCCUGGCUAUUUAGCUGGCCCCGGGACUUCCCAUAGCUCUCCUUCAGUCCGGUGUCCACCCCAGCUCCACCCAGCUCCCAGAGAAGAAACUGGCUCGGAAGAGUACAUGAACAUGGACUUGGGGCCAGGCCGGAGGGCGACCUGGCAGGAGAGUAGUGGAGUUGAGUUGGGCAGAGUAGGCCCUGCACCUCCAGGGGCUGCUACCAUUUGCAGGCCAACCCGGUCGGUGCCAAAUAGCCGUGGUGACUACAUGACCAUGCAGAUAGGUUGUCCUCGUCAAAGCUAUGUGGAUACCUCACCAGUGGCCCCCGUCAGCUAUGCUGACAUGCGGACAGGCAUCGCUGCCGAGAAGAAUGAAGACCUAAAUGACCUCAGCAAAUCCUCCUUUUAACUCAUGGGUACCCAGACUCGAACUAUUUCACGAUUCACAACCAGGACCUCACAUCUUCCUCCUCAGUAGAUGGUACGAUGCAUUUGUUUACCUUGUACAAUCCUCAGGAGUUCACUGACUGAACUGCACGUUCUGUAUUGUGCCAAGCAACAAGAAAAGCACUGUGACACCGGAACAAUGAGUCUGUGUAAACGUCAUCUUGAACUUUAAGGACUUAGCUGGCCGCGAUGUGCUGGUGUGCACCUCCACCCGCCUUGCUGCAAGAGAAUGGGUUUACUCUCCUUGAAUUUACAACGUCUGUUUCAUCUACUUGGAGACCAUGUUCCAUGAAGCACCGCUGUAAAUUAUUUCAUAUGGGACUGUUCACGUUGGGUGGAGAGAGUAUUAAAUAUUUAACAUGGGUUUUGAUUUAUAUGUGUAAUUUUUUUAAUGAAAAUGUAACUUUCCUUACAGCACAUCUUCUUUUUGGAUGUGGAACUGAGGUAUUCAGUGUUCUCUUAUAAAGAGUGGAGCAAAUGCUUAAAACAAGGCUAGAAAGAGUAGACUAGGAGGGUAUAAUGAUCCUUGUUUUAAGAUUCUAAUUCAGAAAAAAUAAUAUAAUAAGAAUCAUAGUGCCAUAGAAGGUUCUGGACUGUAUAGUUGUACUUGCUGAUACUGUCUCUUGUAAUAUAAACUUGAUGUUGAGCUGAGUUCCUUUUAAGAAUUAAUCUUAGUUUUGUAUUUUUUUUUUCCAAAUGGAAGGAGAAUGUAUUCUACUGGGGUGUUUUCAAGUGUCGGCUUAGAAUUGGUAAUUGAAUGGAAGCAAAACUGCAGAAAAAAAAAAGAAAAAAGAAAGAAAAGAAAAAGAAAAAAAAAGGAAACCACAGACUUCCACUGUAUAUACUGUAGAGAGAAGGAAACAUGAGUGAUUCCUUCAGCUUAAAAGCUCUCUUUGGAAUGAAGAAUGUGGGUGUUUCUAAAUCCUGGAAAUGUCUCUUUGUUCAUAAUAAACUAGAUGCUGUUGGUCCCCCCUCCCCACUUGAUAAGCUUUUCACCCCCACCCUCAUUCUUUUUUCUGUGUAUACAUCAUGUUUCAUUUCUUUCAUGGUCUUGAGAAGGCUGGUAAGACAAGUGUAUUCUUGCUAACUGGAAAUUAAAAUUCCAGAUUAUUUUUUUUAAGUCAUUACCAGGGCUCUGUGUUAUAUUCCCUAAUGCACCUAUCUCACAUGUUCUGAGAACUUCUAUGUUACGUAUGUUUUAAAGGAAUGCAAUUGGCCCAUUUGCCCUAGUGUUUGCCGGCGUUUUAAUGGUUAUCUAAUAAAACACAGUUUACAGAGAGCAUACAAAAACAAACAAACAAAAACAGUGACCUGUCAUUGAAACAUCUAGCCAGCAGUGAAAAUGUUAAACUUUUCCUUGUUUGGAAAGUACACGUCUUGGAAUUUUUCACUUAUCAAAUAGAAAUGACAAUGAAUACACCUGAGGAUGUAUCCUCCAAAAUGCUAAAUUACCUUGCCAUAAAACUUCCUGAAAGUACAGUGAAUUAAGGCAGUGACCAGGCUCCCCCUGAGUCCCUAGGAACUCAGCCCUGCUUGUGGGAAGGGUUGAGCAGCCUGGCUGGGGCUUCCAGGAAGGAGCAAGGGUUGGAAGGCACUGCAGUUCCUAUUGCCCUCAUCAGCUGGUUGGGGACCCCUUGCUCUAUUCAAAGAGAUAAAUAGAUCUCCAACUGCUGAGGCCUGGGUUAGUGUGCAGUCAGCCAGAUGGCAUGAACCUCACAGACUGCUGUACAAUGCUCAUUGUUGCAGAUCUUAAUCAUUUGCAUGCUCAUCAAUUUCUAAGGUAAGUAGGUCUCUAGUCAUAAGAAUACAUUGUUUUCAAGGAACUCACUGAAUGACAUCAUUUGCUAUCAGUAGAAAAUCCCACUGGCUUUGAAAAUCUGAUGUGAUGGUCUUUUACAAAUGUGUAAAAAAAAAAAAGAUUCUCAUUGUCAAAGUAACUUUUUAAUUUUUUUAAGCAUGCCAACUCAAACUCUUGCUAAGGUGAGAAGAAAGCAAGCUUUCUAGAGAGAGACCAGUGAACAAAGUCAACCCAACUAUUUCCCUGUCAAGUUGGCUAUGAUUUUCAAGGAGCCCAGGCCUCAAAAAUCUAGGAGUACGUACCUUUCCAUGGGGGGUUAUUGACAUGUAGGGUAAGAACAGAAAUGAAGAGACUAGACAAUCGUCUCCUGGUUUCUCUUUCUCUUAUGUUUUAUUGAGUCAAUAGUGCAAAGGCAGACAUUCUUGCUUUAAUGUCUUCAAGAGUUACCUGAGCUGGAGUUGAGGAAAGAAUCAAACUUGUCUGACUUAGAACUGGAAGUCACUGGUACCCAGGCUGAAAUCUCACUCUCUGGCUCUUUGAAGGGUUUACUUUAAGCACAUCAGUUGCUAAGUUAUUGUGCUCAAUUCUUACUAAAGGGGGUUGGCUUUUAUCUAUUCCCAUGUAUUUGCGGGCCAACCAAGGGCUUGCAGUAAUGGGGCUUCUAGUGGCUCUGGCUAACCUGGAAGUGAGUGGAUUUUUCUUUAGGAUACCAACCUUUCACAGCAUUCUUUCUUAAAGACUUGUUAGGACAGAGUUUUAAAAUUCUCCUUUGUGAAAAGAACAACUAUUUUCCCUGGUUAUGAUGAUACCCUUGUUUUUAGGUAAAAGCCUAGCCCUAGAAGCAGCUAGAAAUGAGGAGACUCAAUUAAUGAUCAACCACUUGGGUCAAUAAUGACAAAUCAGUACUGAUGCUACUCGUGUGGCUAUUUCUUUCAAACUUUCAAAGGUCAGGGACACUCUUGACUAAUUUAGUGACUACAAAAGUGCACCCACUCAAGAGUUAUCUAGCCAGAAGUAGAGAGUUUUAGCCUGCCUUUCCUUGGCUUUUGUCUUCUAGCUGUCUUUUAUGUGUGAGACAAAGUGUUAAGAAACAAUUGUACUAUACUGUAAGAAGAAGUAUUUUAUAGUGCAGAAGCCCUAUUUGAGUCAGUGUUACAUCCUGAAAGCCGUAUACCAUGUAGUUGGAAACAUCUUUAGAACAGGUGACUUAAAGGUAGGGGUGGGUGGCUCACCACAUGAUGACAUUAAGAGCCAUGGGGGGGUAGGACAGUUGUGAAGUUCUGUGGCUACGGGGGAUAAUGAAACUGUAUUUACCUCAUGCUGCCUUAGCUGAGCUCUGUAGGUGAGAUGGCCAUGCAAAGAGGUCCUAUACCAAGAUACCAACAUUAACACCGACAACAAUGGGGAGCAAAGGAUUUUUAAUUUUUUUUUGAAAGGCAUGUGGAGGCCAACUGGGAGAUCCACAUAAGAGAUAGUUCCUUUGUAGUGACAGGACAGGAGAGUUAGUACUGCCACUACAAAAUGAAUAUUAGCAGGAGGUGAUGGUAAAACUCACUUGUUUGGGGUGCUGAAAAACCCAAAGAAAGCAGGGUGUUCCUCCAGGACUGUGUGCAUGCACAACCUUGUCAGUAAUGACAGGAAGAACUUCCAUCCUGGGCUGUGGGCUUAGCCAUGGAGAACAAAGUCAGCCUUCCAUAUAGUUAGUAGCUAAAUGACCAUUGGGCCUUUGGUCAUCCCUGAGCCAAGACUGAGAUUGUGAAGGUUCUGCUGGAGCUUGGUCUGUCUGUCUCCUCCACGGGUCUGCAGAAAGUGUGGCUCAGCUGAUGUGUUGGGUAUCCAUCACUCACUACUUGCAACUGGAGCAUCAACUAGAUGCUGGAAGCAGAUGGAGAUUCCCUGGAGGUGUUUGGCCCUACUCUCAAUUAAGAGCCUACACUUAGCAAAUAUGGUAUUUAAAGGUAUGACUUGGGUAAGGCAUCUUCCUUCCCCAGCUUAUUGAUGACUUGGCAUUUGUGAUGUCUCCACCAAGAGAUGGGUGUGUUAUCCUUUUGCCAUUCACCUGCCAUGUAAACUUCUCUUUUGUCCAUGCUGUCCCUUUCUCCAGUGUUAAUCAUUAUGCCAUAUCAUAGAACAAAUUCACUACCCAGGAAAAUGUCUGUUUGCAUAUACAUCUGUAGUGCUAGAAUUAUUAUUAUUUUAGUCCAUUUUAGAACGUUGCCCCUGCCUAAGAAUAUAGUUUUCAGAAUAAUCUUUCUUGUGUAGUUACUUUCCUUAUACCUCUUGGCUACAGGGUGGGCCAAACGAAUGCCAUCUAUCCAUUUGCUGUGUGUGGUUUGGUUUAUCUGAAGAUGGUGGUGCUAUUGACGGUGCUACUUCAUCUGUAUACAAAAGACCGACGCAUGGUCUAUGUUGCUACCAAAACAUUUACUGUAUAUAUGUGGAUAACGUAUUAUGUAUAUAUGUAAUGGGUACCAGGCCAGGUUUAUAUUUUUUUCUUUAGAAGUGUUUCACUUUUCCAAGCUUUCUUUGUAGUGUUAUGCUUGUGUUCAAUUCUUUUACCCCCAAUUCUGUCUGGUACUUAGAAUUGUAAUGUCUUCAUCGUUAAUUAAAGAAAACUGUCUAAAUGA